UUGGCUAGUUGUACUGAACGGAGGAACAAUCCUCAAGUGUUUUCUUAUAAGUUUAUUAGGUUGCAGCAGAUUCAAAAUGAAUUUUCAAGUUCUCAUUAACUUUAGUGACAAAAGAAAUAAAGCAUUAACCGUGGCAACUUCUGAAGAAGAAUUUAAAAAAACCACUGUUCUAGAGCUAAAGAAAAUUUUUUGCAGUCUGUGUCCUCAAUCACCUGAACCAUCAGACAUUAGAGUGGUUUUUGGGAGAGAUCUACUGGAGGACAAUCAAACACUUGCAUAUUAUAAAGUCAAACAUUUAUCAGUUCUGUUCUUUGUGUUAAAAAUGCCCGGUGGUGGAGAAAUGGAAUACCGGAUUUUCAUUGACUUUGAUGAUAAAAACAAAACUGUUAGAAGUAUACUUACAUUACAAGGGAUCAGUUCUGAAGAAUUUAACAACACCACCAUUCGAGAGCUAAAAGAAAAAUUUUGCUCUUCAAUACUUGGAGCACCCGAAGACCCAGAUCACAUAAGAGUGAUUUUUGGGAAAGAUCCACUGGAGUACAAUCAAACACUUGGGUUUUAUAAAGUUGAAGAUUUAUCAGUUCUGCGCUUUGAAUUAAAAACGCCUGGUACUGGAGGCAGAUGUCCUGAGUAAGUCUGCAGAAUUAAUUACUGCAAUAAGGUUCUGUUUCUGUGUUGUGAUGGUAUAGUUUGAUUUUAACUGACAUUGAUCUGGCUUAUGAAUGACUCACAUGUAUCAGAGGUCUCACUGAAAAUUCUGGAAAAUAAAUAAAUUAAAAGAGCCAUUUAUUUAUUUAUUAACUGAAUCCAUUUAUAUCCAUAAUGUUGUUUCAAGAGAUAUGAACUUGUAUCCUCAGUCUUAUUUUAACCUGGCUUUAUAUAUUCUAGCAAUGUUUUUAUUAAUAUUGAUUUAUUGAUUUUAAGGGCUUGUUUUACAUACACAACAUCGUCAGAUCUCUAAAAUGCUGUAAGAUUAAAUAAUGUGACUAAUCCACACAUGAUAACCACAUCACUACUACAAUAUAUACAAUAAAGCUGAGAGUCUGAUGUGUAAAAAAAGUGUAAAUACUUCCAUUAACCACCAGCUGUAUUUAUAUAUGUAUGUCUCAUGUUUACUGUUGAUAAACGAACCAAUAUUUUGUACAUUAUUACAGUUAUAUGCAGUUUAAUUUUAGGCAGAACAGUUCUAGUGUAAAAAUGUAAAUGCAUUAAACAAUGCUUUGUGUAUAUUCAUUAUAUGACCUCUGUAUUAAGGCAUAUUUCCUCCAAAUUUCUCCCAGAUUAGUUGUUGUUGACAUUCUAUAAUAGUAGAACCUUACGUUUGUUGUGAUUGUGAAUGACUGAGAUUAAUCUUUUUAAAUGUGUAUGAUUGCAUGUUUAAAUAAAUA